GCAGCCCACACGAUGAGGACGACGACAGCGACGCGGAUGGGCGCCUUCCUUGUCCUCCUCGUCGCCGCUUCACCCGCCGCCGCCGCUUCCAGCCGCUGCCACUCCGGCGACAAGGCGGCGCUGCUGGCCAUCAAGGCGGCGCUCGGCAACCCCUACCACUUCGCGUCCUGGACGCCCGGCACGCCCUGCUGCGACUGGUACGACGUCGACUGCGACGACUCCACCGGCCGCGUCGUCGGCCUCUCCGUGUUCCAGGACGCUAAUCUCACGGGCGCCAUCCCCGACGCCGUCGCCGGCCUCGCCCACCUCCAGAACCUCCGGCUGCACCACCUCCCGGGCAUCUCCGGCCCCAUCCCGCCGGCGAUCGCCAAGCUCUCUAACCUCUCCUUCCUCACCAUCUCCUGGACGGGGGUCUCCGGCCCCGUGCCGUCGUUCCUCGGCGCGCUCAGCAGGCUCGCCCAGCUCGACCUCUCCUUCAACUCCCUCGCCGGCGCCGUCCCGGCCUCGCUCGCCGCGCUCCCGAACCUGUACAGCAUCGACAUCAGCCGCAACCGCCUCACGGGCUCCCUGCCGCCGCUGCUCUUCAGCAGGGCGCCGCAGGAGGCCUACCUCCGCCUGUCGCACAACAACCUCACCGGCACCGUGCCCGCCGAGUUCGCCGCCGUGAACUUCGCGCAGAUCGACCUGUCGCGCAACGGCUUCACCGGCGACGCGUCGACCUUGUUCGGGAGGGCAAAGCCGGCGCAGCAGAUGGACCUGUCGCGCAACGACCUGAGCUUCGACCUCUCCGGCGUGGAGCUGCCGGAGCAGCUCAUCUUGCUGGACGUCAGCCACAACGCCAUCUACGGCGGAAUCCCGGCGCAAGUGGCUAACCUCACCAACCUGAACUUCUUCAACGUGAGCUACAACCGGCUGUGCGGUGCGGUGCCCGCCGGCGGCAACAUGGCGAGCUUCGAUGCCUACAGCUACCAGCACAACAGGUGCCUGUGUGGAGCACCGCUUGCUAAUCCGUGCAAGUGAUCGAUCGAUCCAUCCAUCAGAUAUCCAUCAGCACAUUUCAAUUGUAAUCUCAAUCAAUAAUUCCAAAGGAAUAAACCAUCUUUAUCAUCAA